AUGCAGCGGCGAGGGGCUGCGGGCGCGCUUGUGCGGGGUUGCUGCACGACGGCUCUGCUGUACCUGCAGGAGCUGGCAGAGGAGCUGACGUCCGUGUGCCAGCCCCCAGCUCCCGCGGAGGGUGCCCAGGAGCCAGAGCUCGAGUGUGUCCAGAAGAAGCGUCGUAGCCGGAGGAAGAAGGAAGAGGAAACGGACGGUGACGACCCUGUGCGAGAUGCUGACUUUGUGCCCUCAGAGGAGGUGCUGUUGCAGGCGGAGGAGGAGGAGGGGAGUGAUGCGCCACUCAGUGAGGUCUCGGAGUCGGAGCCGGAGGCUCUCCGGGGACACAGUGCAAAGACGUCGUCUGCAGGGAGAUCCAAGCCUCAGUGCCGAGGCCUCGCUCCCAACGGCUUCCACAACUCCAUCAUGGCCCCGGUGGAGAAGUGCUCCAGCCUCACCUGCAGCGUUGAGCCCCCCCCCCCCCUGCCAGUGGAAGAGAAGUCUCCCCUUUUCUCCAUCCAGCGGGAAGGCAUUGAAGAAGAUGGUGCCUUGUACAGAAUAAACAGGUUUAACUCCCUGCAGCCCCACGAGGAGCGUCUGGACGUGUCCUUCUUCGUGGGUGGCCCUGUGUGGGCAAUGGAGUGGUGCCCAUCCCCGGAGGGCUCAGCAGCCUCUCAGUACGUGGCUCUCUACUGCCAUAAGAGCAUGGAUGAGACGCACAGCGUGGCUGGGCUCCAUGGGGGCCCUGCGCUUCUGCAGCUCUGGAGCCUGGGCACGCUGCAGCAGGAGGAGAGCUCUGCCAACAAAGUUGGGCUGGCCUAUGGUGUCGCCACUGACCAUGGCUGCGUCUGGGACAUGAAGUUCUGCCCGAGCGGUGCCUGGGAGCCGCCCACCACCUCCAGGAAGCAUCCUCAGAUGAGCCGGCUGGGCCUCUUGGCUGUGGCCUUCUCAGAUGGCAAGGUGGUGCUCUAUUCCCUCCCGCACCCCGAGGCCCUGCAGACUUGUAAGAGAACCCAGGUAAAAGAUGGGUCCCUCCACAAGCACGUUAUCUGCAAGGUACAGUGUAUUGCCACCCUGCAGGUGGGCUCUACCCAGGCAGGAUAUGCAUCUGAGUGUGGCCAGUGCUUCAGCCUCUCCUGGAUGCCAUCCAAGCCCCAUCAUCACCUUGCAGCUGGUUUCUAUGAUGGCACUGUGGCCAUCUGGAACCUGCCCACCAAGUCCCUGCUGCAGCGGGUGUGCCAGCCCGAUGGCUCCCUCAAGCUCUACCCCUUCCGGUGCUUCCUGGCCCAUGACCACGCUGUUCGGAGCAUCGAGUGGUGCAAGGCCAACAGCAACUUCCUGGUCACGGCAGGGAACGACCGGAAGAUCAAGUUCUGGGACCUGCGACGGCUCUAUGAGCCCAUCAACAGCAUCAAGCGGUUCCUCAGCACUGAGGUGGCCUGGCUGCUGCCCUACAACGGGGUCACGGUGGCCCAGGACAACUGUUAUGCCUCUUAUGGUCUCUGUGGGAUCCACUAUAUUGAUGCUGGGUACCUAGGCUUCAAGGCUUAUUUUGUGGCCCCUCGCAAGGGGACUGUGUGGAGUAUCUCUGGCUCGGAUUGGCUGAACACGGUGGCUGCUGGAGACAUCACAGGGGAGCUGGUGGCUGCAGUGCUGCCUGACCUGGCUGUCAACCCCCUCAACAUCAAGCGGCCCUCAGAGCGCAGAUUCCCAGUCUACAAAGCUGAUCUGCUGCCCUGCAGCCCUGAGGGCGGCGAGCAGGCCCUGCCAAAGACCAGGCUCUACAGUGAGAUGGUGACCAAAACCUACAUCCGCUUCCGGGACACAGACCUGCGCAGCUUCAAGAACUUCCCGAGCCGGGAGCCCAUGCGCAGGAUGCACACGCAGGAGGUGAAGGCAGAGCUGAGCCUGCCCCGCCUGCAGCUGGAGUCCUUGCACAAGGUGCGCUUCAGCCCCAACCUGGACUCACACGGCUGGCUGGUGUCAGGAGGGCAGGCUGGCAUCGUGCGAGCCCACUGCCUGGUGGGGCUGGCAUCUGGUGUGGGCCACCAGCUGCUCCUGGAGAGCCGUGCCCGCUUCAGCUCCCUGUACGGGGACCCGCCCACCCCCGGGGAGCGCGCCCCACAGCCGCCCGAGUAG